ACACGCACACACGCACACACACACACACACACACACACACUCACACACACACACACACACUCACACACACACACACACAGGAUAUUGUCACGUCUGAGUGUGAUGGUGGAGUAGGUUGGAUUAUGUAACUGUAUAUACAUCGACUGAACCCCACUGCAGAGAGGGAGGGAGGGAGGGAGGGAGGGAGAGAACCCGUCCUCCCUCCGUCUAUUUUUACCUCCCUGUCGGGCGACACCUCGUCCUCGUCCCUUCAUCCGACCCUCGGUCCAUCUCCUCCUUUUUAAUUAACCCUCCUCUUCUUGUUCUCCUCCUCUUCCUCUUCCUCUCUCCAUCUCCCUCUGAGUCAUCUCCCCUCCCCCUCUGUCACACAUCUCCUCCUCCUCCUCCUCUCUCUCUCUCUCUCGCUCCGUCUCUCCAGUAUUCUCUCGGCUGCGGUGAAAAGCCGAGAGCUCACACACACACACACACACACACACACUCGCUCACGCGCGCGCAGGCAGAGGCAGGCGGCAGGAUGUCGAUCGUCAGCAUCGUUGCCAGGGAGAUCUUGGACUCCCGGGGAAACCCCACGGUGGAGGUGGACCUUCGCACGGAGAAAGGUCUGUUCAGGGCCGCCGUGCCCAGCGGAGCGUCCACGGGCAUCUACGAAGCUCUGGAGCUCCGGGACGGAGACAAGAGCCGCUACAAGGGCAAAGGCGUCUUGAAGGCAGUCGGCCACAUCAACGACACUCUGGCUCCGGCGCUCAUCGCCUCCGGCGUCAGCGUGGCGGAGCAGGAGCAGCUGGACAACGCGAUGAUCGAGAUGGACGGCACGGAAAACAAAUCUCAGUUUGGGGCCAACGCCAUCCUGGGAGUGUCGCUCGCCAUCUGUAAGGCCGGUGCGGCGGAGAAAGACGUCCCCCUGUACCGCCACAUAGCCGACCUGGCCGGAAACACGGAGCUGGUGCUGCCGGUUCCUGCCUUUAACGUGAUAAACGGAGGAUCUCAUGCCGGAAACAAACUGGCCAUGCAGGAGUUCAUGGUUCUUCCCGUCGGAGCUGAAUCUUUCAAGGAGGCGUUGAGGAUAGGAUCGGAGCUGUACCACACCCUGAAGGGGGUGAUCCAGGAGAAAUACGGCCAGGACGCCACUAACGUGGGCGACGAGGGAGGCUUCGCCCCCAACAUCCUGGAGAACAGCGAGGCUCUGGAUCUGCUGCAGACGGCCAUAGAGAAGGCCGGCUUCACGGACAAGGUGGUGGUCGGGAUGGACGUGGCCGCCUCCGAGUUCUACCGCGACGGCAAAUACGACCUGGACUUCAAGUCCCCGCCGGACGCGGAGAGACACAUCAGCGCAGAGGAGCUGGCUGACAUCUACCAGGGCUUCGUCAACAACUACCCAGUGGUGUCCAUCGAGGACCCGUUUGACCAGGACGACUGGGAGGCCUGGUCCCGGCUCACGGCCCGGGUGGGGAUCCAGGUGGUGGGAGACGACCUGACGGUGACCAACCCCAAGAGGAUCGAGAAAGCUGCCGAGGAGCGAGCCUGCAACUGCCUGCUGCUCAAAGUCAACCAGAUCGGCUCCGUCACCGAGGCCAUACAGGCGUGUAAACUGGCUCAGGCGAAUGGUUGGGGUGUGAUGGUCAGUCACCGCUCAGGCGAGACCGAGGACACCUUCAUCGCUGACCUGGUGGUCGGACUGUGCACUGGACAGAUUAAGACCGGCGCCCCGUGCAGAUCUGAGCGACUGGCCAAGUACAACCAGCUCAUGAGGAUCGAGGAGGAGUUGGGCGACCAGGCUCGCUUCGCCGGCCAUAACUUCAGGAACCCGAGCGCACUGUGAAAACUGACAGACGGACAAACGAAUGACUCACACACACACACACACUCACAGACACACACACGCUGACAGAGCACGACAAACAGGGAACGAGCCAUGUACAAAGAGAGAUCAAACAGAUUCACGGGAAAAAAAGACACGAGCAAAAAAGAAAAGAAAAGGAAAAUAUGCACUGGACGUAUAUGUAGGAACACGAUGCUGUACGCACACACACACGCUCACGCACAUGCAGGGGAAUAUUAUAAAGAUAAAAAAUAAUAUUUAUAAGCCAGACAUGCACUGUUACUGUAGUUCUAAAGAGGACAGACCUGCAAAAAUAAAGAUUAUUGUUGUAAAAAAAACCACAAGAGAUGAACAAGUAGAUAUUCUAGAAUAAUGUAAACUGAAGCACGUGAAUGAAAGAGAAUUUUAAAAAAAACUUUUAACACCACAACAAUAACUAACAAUGCAUUUGCAGGAACACAAAUCAGCAGUUUCAGGGACGAGCGAAGAGGAAAAGAAACGUCACAAACACCUGAACACUCAACACACUCACCUGGACUCCGCCCACUCCCGCCCCGCCCCCUUUCUCUUUCUGCCCCGCCCCCUCUCCUCUUUCUUCUCGUCGUGUCCGACUCUCGGCUUCCGAACUCUUAUUUCUUCCCGCCCUGAUGUGAUUCUGAUUAUUUGUCGUUCAUGUUCGAAAAGCCCCAGAAGAAGAAAAAACCCCGAACGCCCCUUGUUCCUUCAGUUCUUCCUGAAUGUCCAUAGAUUAGCUGUGUUGAAAAAAAAACCCGAAAAAGAACCAAAAAAAUUUAACAUAACGCUUGUCAUUGAAACAAUGUGAAAAUAUGUGAAAUAAUAAAUACGGUAAUUUACAAUUUCAAUCACAGUCA